CUUUUAAAGCGUGAUAUUGGGCGGGCUGUAAAUAAUACUUCUGGUUACGAGAAAACUAUGUGGAAAAGAAUUGAGACAGAAUUAGAAGAAGUUGAUGUUGAAAGCCUUGGGUUUGAUCAUCCUAUAUGUUCCGGAGUUCUUGAUAUUAGAUCCAAACCUUUCACAGAGAUGCCUAUUUCGUUUUGCGAUAUUUUUAAGGAACCUUUUCAAGAAUAUAAAUUAGAACAUAGUAAUGUAAUUUUGGAUAGCU